GGUGCUACUGAUCCAUCAAAAGCUGAACCUGGUACCAUCCGUGGUGACUUUUCAAUCGUUACCGGACGUAACAUUUGCCACGGUAGUGACUCAGAAACAGCUGCUAAACGCGAAAUCGAUUUAUGGUUCCGUCCAGAAGAAGUUGCCAACUGGGCACAUACAGCUGAACGAUGGAUCUAUGAAUAA